AUGUCCAGUGUUGUUAAGAAUAGGAACUAUCUUCUCAUUAGGGGUAAGAUUGCGGGGAGUGGUUUAGUUCUGAACAUUUUUAAUGUGUAUGCUCCUCAGAGUGUGUUGGCCAAAAAGCUCCUGUGGGACGAGUUGACUCAGGUGAUAUCGGAUUCUGAUGGUUUUUGGGUUCUCUGGGGAGAUUUUAAUGCUGUUCGGUAUCGUGAAGAAAAGAAGAAUUGUUCGCUUAAACAGUCCUGUGUUGAUAAUUUUAACAACUUCAUUUUCGACGCUGGUUUAAUUGAGUAUAGUCUAAGAGGCAGGAAGUUCACAUUCUCUUCGGCUAAUGGUAGAAAACAGAGCAAAUUAGACAGAUUCCUUAUUAACCCAGGUUUUUUUAAUUCUUGGCCGGAAGCGAGUGUUGAAGCGGUGUCGACCUUUUUGUCCGAUCAUGGCCUGAUUCUUUUGAAGUCCGUUUUAGUGAAUUUCGUGGCAAGGCCGUUACGGAUUUUUGAUUCUUGGUUUGACAGACUGGGUUUCCAAGAAGUGGUGGUGAAGGCUUUGAAGAAAGAUCUCGGGUGCCACGGCCCCCCAGAUACCAUUCUUAUGAGAAAGCUGUGCGAUCUUAGAGUUGACUUAAAAGUUUGGAGGGAUGAAAUGUUGAAAAAAAGUUCGGAGAAGGUGAACUUGCCUUCGACGGACCUCGGUAAUAUUCAGGCAGUUAUGGAAGAAAGGGAUCUUACUGAAGAAGAGGAGUGGAUUCUUUUGGAAAGUAAGAAAGUGUUAAAAGAGGAAGAAGAGCGGAAAAGUAGUGACUUUAGACAAAGAUCGAGGAUAAAAUGGGCUAAGGAUGGCGACGAAAACUCAAAAUUUUUUCACGCUAUGAUAAAUUGCAGGAAAGCGUCAAUUCUAUUCAUGGCUUGGAGGUUGAUGGCAUUUAGGUGUCAAAACCGUCGCUUGUCAAAAAGGAGGUUUUCAGGUUUUUAA